AUGCGUCGCAACGGUGUGCCUCUCGCCGUCGCCGGCCUGUCGCUGGCGGCUGGCGCCCACGCUCAGUCUGCCUCUGCCACAGCUGCUUCCAAGGCUGCUUCGGCUAGCGGCAUCACGCAGUACAUCCCUCAAGAUUUCGCGGGUUUCGGUAUCGAGCCCUCUAACCUGUUUUCCUUCACCGGAGAGGCUAGCGAAAACAAGCUUACCGUCAACCUCAUGUCUAACCUUGCAAGUUAUGCCGGCAAGCCGGCCCACAUCCGUCUCGGUGGCAACACCCAGGAUUACUUCCUCUACCAAGUCGACAUGGAUGAGUGGACCGUCAAGACGAACCCCAACUCCAAAGGCCAGGGUGCCAUUGCUAGCGACGCCGAUAUCAUUGGCCCCCGCUUCUUCGAGGCUAUCAGCAGAUUCCCCAAGGGAACUCCCAUUACUUUUGGCCUGAACCUGGCCUACGACGACGAGGACUACGAGGACCAGAUUGCCCUCAUGGCCUCAGCCGCGCUCAACAACCUCACCAACGUCGAUCUCGUUUCCUUUGAAAUUGGCAACGAGCCCGAUCUGUACGGUCAGAACGGCUUCCGCACCGGCCAAUGGGACGGCACGACGUACGUCAAGGAAUGGAAGGCUCGCGCAAAGGCUGUCUGGGAACGUGUUCUGAAGCCCGCGGGCGGCUGGUCGGCCAACUCGUUCGAGGGUCCCUGCACGGCCUCGACCAUCGGCACGACUUUCGAGAUGGAGCAGCUCGUCAACAACGGCAUCAAGGCCAACGCCGACGGCGAGACGAACCCGUACCUGAGGGCGUGGAACCAGCACGACUACCUCUACUUCAUUGACGUCUCCGAGUUCACGCUCACGCUUGAGUGGAUGAUGACGCUGUCCAACACGGUCGACCAGUUCAAGUACUGGGCCACGCAGAUUGGCAUUGCGCUCAAGACUGGCCUCCCCUACUACCUGCGUGAGAUGCAGAGCGUCGGCCCCACCGGCAUGCAGGGCGUCAGCGACACUUUUGGCGCCGCACUGUGGAACCUCAACUUCUUCCUAUACGCCGCCUCGCUCAACAUUUCUUCCGUCGAGAUGCACAUGACGGACAACUCGUACGCGGCGCCAUGGCAGCCGGUCGACCGCAACGGUAUCUCUCAGCACGUGCGCCCCGUGUACUACGCUUACGCUGCCAUGGCGCAGCUGAUCGGCUCUGGCAACGGUACCACGCAGAUCGCGCCUCUGGACACUGACGGUGUCCCCAACGACUACGGUAACUACGUCCGCAUGUAUGCCGGCUAUGGCAGUGGCGAGCUCACCUCGGUCGUCCUGAUCAACUCCAAGAUGGCCAACUCUUCGGACACUAACAAGGGCUCCCUCGACUUCGACAUCACCUUCUCCGGCCACGGCGGCGAGACGGUCCACCUUGCGUACCUGACUGCUGCGGGCGCCGAGUCCAACUCCAACGUGACGUUCAACGGACUGAGCUUCGAGUCGUCUGGCGACGGCACGCCGACGACGGCUGACGGGACGGACCACACGGUCACUCUCGACAAGGACGGCAAGGGCACCAUCUCGGUGCGUGACACUGAGGCGGUCGUGGCGUACGUUGGUGCCAAGCUCGGUUCUAAUGCUGUCUCGACCAACGGCACCUCGAGCUCGAGCAAGAAGAGCGCGGCGGCUAUUUCCAUUGGCGCACCCAACGCGGCGUCGGUUCUGGCUGCGGCGGCGUCGGUGCUCGCGUUCGGUUUCUUGGGUUGA